CAGAUCACUACCAAACAAGUACUCGAACUACUGCAUAUGGAUUUGACGGGACCGAUUCAGGUAGAGAGUUACAAUGGUAAGAAGUACAUAUUCGUGUGUGUUGAUGAUUUUUCUCGUUUUACAUGGGUGGAUUUUAUUCGAGAAAAAUCUGAUACGUUUGACACUUUUAAAACUCUUUGCUUGAGAUUGGAAAAAGAAAAAGGCUUUCAUAUUAUUGGGAUUCGGAGUAAUCAUGGCCAUGAGUUUGAGAAU